AUCUUAGAUUGUAAAUUCUAGAACCAGUUCAAUUGUGAACGUCAUCUGGUGAUAACAAUAAAAAUAAUCGGUGGACGCCUCUGUAGACUUUUGACAUCUUUUAUAUCAAAGAUUUCGGUUCAUUGUAAUAAUGGGUGAAAAUGAAGCUUCUGUUAAACAAUUAGAACAGAAUUUAAUGUUACUGAAGGAUAAGUUUACAAAAUUACAGCGUAGUUAUUCGGAACUAGAGCGGAAGUAUAACGCAAUUAUUGCAGCAACGAACGAAGAUAACCCUGGAGAGCUCAACAAUAAAUGGCGCGCUGAUGUCUUGGACAAAGUGAAAGAGUUGGACUGGAGCGAUUUAAAAGAAGAUGUCGUUUUAGCUCUAUUGCGCUGGAUUUAUACUGAUCUCAUUGAUUUUCAUCAUGACGGAUUGACUUUAGAUGUACUAAAAGCUUCACAUCGGUUUGGCUUGCCAGCUCUUUUAGGAUUGUGUGAACGGACAUUAAUUACAUCAGUUGGUGUAAGAUCCUGCGUACGAUUUUAUUGUGUUGCAGAAGAAGUAUCUGCAACAACACUUUUGGAAUAUUGCUCUAGUUUAAUAUCAACAUACUGGGACGAUUUAACAACGCAAGACUUUGAGCAUAUGUCCGGACCUUUAUUGUAUAAAAUGCUUAAAAAUAAAACAAAAUAUCCACUCCAUGCUGCUGUUAGACUCCUGAGGGAAGACGUUGUGUUCCUGUGUAUUGUAGAAAAUGAUAGCACACUUCCAGAUUUGAUAAAUAGUUUUUCAGAAAACGGGCUUUUGCCUCUUCAAAUGGCACUUGCCGCCAAAAAUGUUCAAAUUGCUCAGACUCUUGUAAACAAUGGAUUAGCAAACGUUAACGCAGUUGACAUAGAGGGGUAUACGAUGCUUAUGAGUGCUUUAAGAUCUGGUGAUGCGUUUUCAGCUAAUUUUUUAUUGGAUCAAAACUGUCUUCUAGACCUCUCAUCCGG